UCAUAGGGCGGGGGUGGUGGCGCCCCUGGUCGCCAUGGCCACAGAGCCCGCGGCCGCCGAAUCGACUGUUCCGUCGCUCGUGGAUCGUUACUUCACUCGCUGGUACAAAGCCGAUGUCAAAGGCAAACCCUGUGAGGACCACUGUAUACUACAGCACUCCAACCGAAUAUGUGUCAUCACAUUGGCAGAAUCUCAUCCAGUUCUUCAAAAUGGAAAAACAAUUAAAAAUAUCUCCUAUCAAAUCAGUACCAACUGUAGCAGACUUCAGAACAAGGUCUCUGGGAAAUUUAAGCGGGGGGCACAGUUUCUAACAGAGCUUGCACCUCUGUGUAAGAUUUACUGCUCAGAUGGAGAAGAAUAUACUGUAUCUAGCUGUGUUAGAGGACGGUUGAUGGAAGUGAAUGAAAACAUUCUCCAUAAGCCAUCUAUUCUUCAAGAGAAGCCAUCCACUGAAGGCUACAUUGCAGUUGUGUUGCCCAAAUUUGAAGAAAGUAAAAGCAUAACAGAAGGCUUACUGACACAGAAACAGUAUGAAGAAGUCGUGGUGAAGCGCAUGAAUGCCACAACAGCUACGUCAUGAGGACUGAGAUGGGUAACGAAUACCACGGCGUGCUUACCCCUCCCCAGCCUACGCGAUGCGUGUGCUAAAGAACCACCAUGUGUGACGCAUGCUUCACACCCAGCCAUCCGCAGAGAGGCCUGAUCUUCAAACUUAACCUAGUUUCCCCUCUUCGUCUUGCAUAACAAGCCUUGGUUCCCAUUUUGUCCUCAGCCUCCCAGAUCUGCCCUGCCCAUGUACCCACUCUGUUCUUUUACCUUUCUUAACAACUGGCAAACAAAGGAUGUUUUUCUGAUUAAAAACAAAGCACUUUUUUUUUUUUUUAAGAUUUUUUAUUUAUUUAUUUGAGAGAGAGAAUGA